UCUGGUACAAGUUGACCUCCAGCCAGUUCAAACUAGAGCUGGGUCCGAGGGGUCUGAGGGGUCUGGUACUUUCCUCUGGCACUUGAAGCCUCGAAAGGAAUGUCCGCUGGGAAGGACAUCGGAAACGUGGGCAAAGGCCGCCAUUUUUGGGUCCUCAUUUUGUUUUUGGGUCAUGCGAGUUGCUCUGUUUUCUUGAUUCUUGUCAACAAGACAAUUUCCAUGUCGUUUCCUUUCGCCUGGACCGUGGUUGCACUUCAGAACACUGGAACUAUCCUCUGUUCCACGUUUCUACACCUCUAUGGGAAGGUGAUACUGCGCCAACUCAAGCCACAUCAGGUCCUUCCACUGCUGAUAGAUGCCAUUUUGCUGGUAGUUGUGUUGUUGAGCAGCUUUAAGGCCUUGGAGGAAGUGAGUGUUCCGCUCUAUGUUGUCAUUCGGAAUACAGUUCCUUUUCUGACAGCCGUGUGCGAAAGAGUUGCACUCAAAAAGCCAAUGGACAUGAUGCUGAUACUGGCGCUCCUGAUAACCUUUCUUGGCACUGUCCUGUACUCAGUAACUGAUUUUACGAUUAGAUACAACGGAGCAAUCUAUGCGAUCUCCAAUGCCGUUCUUGUUGCCGGAAUGUGCACCUACGAGCGGUAUCUGAUGACUUCUGCAAAUCUCGGCAUGUCUGCCAUUGACAUCAAUUUCCAUCGGGUUGUGUUGUCAAUGCCGAUGAUUUUUGCACUGGGCUACUUCGAGGGUUUCCCGGGGACACUGCUGGACCUUGCAGCCCGGAGGUACGAAGCAGCAUUAGUUGCGUCCUCCGCUGUCGCAGCCUUCGGGAUUGGCACCCUGUUGUUGGCUCUGCAGGGUGAGGUGUCUGCCACAACCAUCCAGGUGGCCAAUGUCGCCUACAAAUGCGCUACAACCGUCGUGAGCAGAUUAACGCACCCCUCCGAGCUGACCGUCGCAGGAGUCAUUGGCUAUUGCAUAUGUACCAGCGGCGUUCUAACCUAUACUCUGACAAGAGGAAGAGCCGCCAAGAAGGACAAGUAGAAGUGAGGACACGGGGUUGAGCUGAGGUUAAGAAAGCCUCACCCACUUGUGGCGCUUAGUGUGAAAA